UGGAGCUUACGCUGUAACUUACCAGCAUGGCCGUGAAUCUGCCUUGAUGGGAGGUAGAGUUACUUGUAGUAAUUAGCUAAGUUUACAUAUAUUUUUAAAAUAUGUCUUCGAAGCUUAGAGACGUAUCUUCGUCUAGCAGUGAGGCAGAAUCAGAUGCCGAAAGCGAAUCUCCGUCAAAAUGUCAACCAGUGCAACAAAAACAAAGACGGCAAAGGCAAGGUGUGAAGUAUCAGUGUCCAGCGGAUUUUGUCUACUGCGACUACAGCCCCUGCACGAGCACCCGUCAGAACAAUCUCAAUGAUGGCAACACGGAAUUAUGGCUGAUUAAAGCGCCAGUUAAUUUCAAUCCAGACAGCUUGUCUGGCUCUAGGGUUCCCCUGAUGGGCUUGGAGGCCCUCCAGCCGCGGGCCGGAACCCAGCAGAUCUACAGCGUCCUCAGCCGGCCCGCGGCCCCCACCGACCUGCGUCUCCUGACAUCGGACGGUGGGUGGCCUGACGAUGCCCUCCGCGGCCCCGCCUUCUCCGGCCUCAUCAACAUAUGUGAGAGCUACGGCGACUGCCGCGGCAACCAGGCGCCCGUGGCCAUCCCGGCCUGCCCCGCUCCCCGCGUCCCCGAGGGGCUCAGGCAGCGCUUCCAGCCUUUCGGGAGCCGGACGCUGGCCGCCGCGGGCACCAAGAGCGCGCCAGAGGACCCCGCGGGCGCCGGCCCGCCCAUGCCUGCCAAGAGGGUGAAGCCAGACCCGGAGGAGGGUGAAGGCGAGGGGGAGCAGAAGAGGAAGAAGAAGAAGAAAAAGAAAGAUAAGAGCGUCAAAGAGGAGAGAGAGGAGGAGGAGGUGACCGAGACGGCGAUGUCGAGCCAGAGCUUGGCAGAGACACCCCAAGAGUUCACCCCGGAGGGAGGGGAGGCGGAGGAGGAGAAGAAGAAGAAGAAGAAGAAAAAGAAGAGCAAGGAUAGGGAUGGUGAAGCAGCGGAACAGUGCGACACGGGAGCAGAGACGAGCCUGACUGUGAAAGAGGAAGAGGAGGUGGAGGUGAAGAUCGAGCCCGUGGACCCCGCUUAUGGAGACGUGGAGGAUUCAGGGAAAAAGAAGAAGAAGAAGAAGAAGAGAGAAAAGGUGCCAUCGAGUGACUAGCACACUAGUGACUGUCUCACAGUCAUCAGGUGAACCGAGACCAAAUGCUGGGUUUGGAAGACAUGUUAUUCAUUCUCACUCUUAUUCAACGAUGAUAUAACUGUGUUGGCAAAUACAGCAAACUGCCUCAAGAUUGAUGGGUACCAUUUGGAUUUUCAGUGGUAUAUACAUGGACCUUCACUCACACAGACUUAAUGAGUAUUCAGAGAUUUAUCAUUGACUGUUCUUGCCAUAUCAAAACAGUCCUCUUUGAUACACUUACUAGAUUUUUGGUGUGUUGUUUCAGUUGACUUAUUGUUAGAUCCAUGCAAAUAAUCCACCUUUAUAGGUUGUCUUAUUCAGUCAAAUGGAUAUGUGUUGCUCAUGUCUCAUGGAUAAGGUUGGCUGGAUAUUUUCAACAGUUCAAAUGCCGUGAUUAAAAAAAAAAAAAAAACACCAUGGCUGCCGCAGUUCUGUGGUUCACCGGAGCUGCAGGUAGAUGGCGCUGUUGCACUGCACGUUCCCAUACAGUCGUUGAGGUGAUCGGGCUGAUUUUGCCAUGCCUCUUGCUCUGCACUGGAGCAUGGUCAUGUAUCCUAAUGAGGGUAGACAUCUUUA